CUCCAGGGGUUGGGAAAACCACACUAGGCAAAGAACUUGCAUCAAGAUCAGGACUGAAAUACGUUAAUGUGGGUGAUUUAGCUCGAGAAGUUUGAUCACCGGAUAUCAUGGAGUCUGGCAAGAUGGCUUCUCCCAAGAGCAUGCCGAAAGAUGCACAGAUGAUGGCACAAAUCCUGAAGGAUAUGGGGAUUACAGAAUAUGAGCCAAGAGUUAUAAAUCAGAUGUUGGAGUUUGCAUUCCGAUAUGUGACCACAAUUCUAGAUGAUGCAAAAAUUUAUUCGAGCCAUGCUAAGAAAGCUACUGUUGAUGCAGAUGAUGUGCGAUUGGCAAUCCAGUGUCGUGCUGACCAGUCUUUUACUUCUCCUCCCCCAAGAGAUUUUUUAUUAGAUAUUGCAAGGCAAAGAAAUCAAACCCCUUUGCCAUUGAUCAAACCAUAUUCAGGUCCUAGAUUGCCACCUGAUAGAUACUGCUUAACAGCUCCGAACUAUAGGCUUAAGUCUUUACAAAAAAAGGCAUCUACUUCUGCAGGAAGAAUAACGGUUCCGCGGUUAAGUGUUGGGUCAGUUACUAGCAGACCAAGUACUCCUACACUAGGCACACCAACUCCACAAACCAUGUCUGUUUCAACUAAAGUAGCUACUCCAAUGUCCCUCACAGGACAAAGGUUUACAGUACAGAUGCCUGCUUCACAGUCACCUGCUGUAAAAGCAUCAAUUCCUGCAACAUCAGCAGUUCAGAAUGUUCUGAUUAAUCCAUCAUUAAUUGGGUCCAAAAACAUUCUUAUUACCACUAAUAUGGUAUCAUCACAGAAUACUGGCAAUGAAUCAAAUGCAUUGAAAAGAAAACGUGAAGAUGAUGAUGACGAUGAUGAUGAUGAUGAUGAUGACUAUGAUAAUUUGUAAUCUAACCUUGAUGCAUGUAAUGUGUACUUGGUCUUGAAUCCAUUGUACUGAAAUUAAACAAGUAUGUUUGAUGUUUUCAAGUUGUGUUUGAGAAAACCUGUAUAGUAUUUAAGUAUAUAUAAGUAUAGUUUUCAGUUGAAAUGUUGGAUUUUCUUUAAUAAGAUUAGUAGUGGUUUUUCAUCAGCCUUUAAGUGUAAAAAAUAAAGUUGUUUAUCUGUUUGAUUAUUGGUACUGUGGCGAUUGUUUUUAAAAAUGCAGUUUUUGUGCAUUGUUAACAGGAGUAAUAGUUGUAAUAACUUCAAGUUGUUGUAGUCCGUUAACCAUUGACAUGUAACCUCUAAUGUCUUCAGAUGCUUAGAUCAUAAUAUGUCCUCUGGAGAACACAUUCUUAGGGUGUAUUUUCCCACAUUGUUGAAGUAUAACUGUGACUUGUGGAGAGACCACUUGAAGGUUUUCAUGUAUAGUGAAUCCUCUUUUCUGGGUUUAUCUUAAUUCCUCAACGUUUAAUAAACUAACUUAUUUUUUCUUAAAA